AAAAAACAAUUCGGCACCAAAUUCCAUCUUUGAGUGGCUGGCCAUCAUUUUUGAGUCUCUCUCUUCUGUACCAGGAAGCCAGCCGUUUAAGCAGCAGGAAUUCCACCUCCACCGACUCUCUUUCCUUUUCCAUAAUCAAGAAGAACCAGGAACUCUAUUAAAUUAUGAAGAUCACGGCGAUCGUAGUUUUGAAAUGCGGUCAGGGAGAUGAGGAUCCGAUAAUCCUAGCAAAUGCUUCUGAUGUCAGCCAAUUCGGAUUUUUUCAAAGAUCAAGUGUUCGCGAGUUCAUCGUCUUCGUCUCUCGUACUGUUGCUAAACGUACCGCUUCUGGUCAACGUCAAUCAGUCAAGCAUGAAGAAUACAAGGUGCAUGCUUACAAUAGAGGGGGCCUUUGUGCUUUGGGAUUCAUGGAUGACCACUACCCUGUGCGCAGUGCAUUCUCGUUGCUAAACCAGGUGCUGGAUGAAUACCAAAAGAACUUUGGUGAUUCAUGGAGAGGUGCAACUGCAGACAGCACACAGCAAUGGCCUUACUUGAAUAAUGCCUUGGCCAAGUACCAGGACCCAGCUGAAGCUGAUAAGCUGUUGAAAAUUCAAAGGGAGCUGGAUGAAACUAAGAUCAUUCUUCACAAGACUAUUGAUAGCGUGCUAGAACGUGGUGAAAGGCUGGAUAGCUUGGUAGAGAAGAGUUCAGAUCUAAGUGCUGCUUCACAGAUGUUCUACAAGCAAGCAAAGAAGACAAAUUCAUGUUGUACAAUAUUGUGAGUCUUCAAGUAGAGGGAUCUAUAUAGCAAUUGCUGUCGGACGAAUCGAAAAGCAGACUUGGAGAUGAUUCAAACUGGGUUUACUUUAAUCUGUGUAUACCAAUCAGUAAUCACCUAAUAUAUUGUUAUUAGAUAAUUCAUCAAAAUUCUUUCACGCCCGCCCUUUUUUUUUCUCAAGAAUUAAUACUGUUGUAAUAUGUGGCAUAUAGUUAAAACUUGUGAGCAUGUCUGUUGCUGUUGCCAUCUCUGGGAUGGAUUUAUCAUUGUUGUUUGUAGAGCAAUGGAGAUUGGAGGGUUCACUAUUUUAUGAUAGUUUGCUACUUGUGUGUGUUGUGCUGUUUAUUGUGAAACCUUUGUAGUUUGUACUACGUUAUUAAUUGCUAAAUCUAGAUUGUUUGCAUUUG